AUGGAAGCCCAAAAUCGCUACACAGCUCCGAAGAUGAUGAGUUUACACCUCCGAACCGGCAAGAAGGAGAAUGUUAAACACAUCAACACGUGGAUCGAAUUGGCCACGUCCCGCCAUGUGGAGAGUAUGAACCUGGAACUUCAGUUUAUAAGCUAUCACUAUGAAUUUCCUGAUUUCUUCUACAUCAAUUCCUCUGUCAAGAAGCUCAGAAUUAAGUCAAGGUUUACUUCAAUGAUCCCGAAAUGCUCUGUGUCUUGGACAUCCCUGAAGAAGUUGUCCUUUCGUUCAUGUACUCUCUCUGAUAACUCCAUUGCUAUGAUUCUAUCUGGCUGUCCACUCGCUGCGUCUGAGGACAAUACAAGUAGAACGCAACUUCUGGGCUCAGAUUCCAAUGCAGAUUGUUGCACCACACCCGAAGCUAACCUGAACAUUUGCUUGCACGCACUACGGCUUCAUUAUUUCAUCAAACCUGAUUCUCUUGGAGCCAUGGUGGCAAAGAUGGCAGAGAUGUUGGAAAAGUUGCACAACGUAGAGAAGCUUACUCUUGAGAGAGGUUUUCUUCGGAUAUUGUCUCGUCCGGAGCUACGUAGCGUGGCUUUUCCGAUGUUCAAGAUCAAAGAUUUGACUCUUGAGACACCGCUCUCUCAGCAUGCGAGGGAUAUUCCUCAUGCGAUAGAAGAAAUGUUACAAAACUCACCUGACCUAAAGAAGCUAACAGUACACACAAGAUGUCACCAUACCAAACCGGGUCUUUGGAAGAAGCCCCGUUGGGAAGUAGAGUUAAAGCUCAUGGCUACAGGCGUAGAAAAUUUGCUGAAGAAAUCAAAAGGAUUAGAGAAAAUAGUAGUACAAGUGGACGACCGCUACUUUAAAGCAUUAGGGUUUGAAGAGAUGGUUCAGACACUUUCUCACAACUACAACACUGUCUCCAUUGUGUUCUCAGGAAUCUCAUCCAAGCCGGCGACAAUAGAGGAGUGGUGA